ACUCUUGUGUAUGUAACGAAAUGAUGUGCCUUUUGAAUGCAUUCAGGAACGUGAACCAGACUGAGGUUGAGCUUGGCGUACUCACUGAAGAUGUCGUCCAACGUUGAUUCACAAUACGGUGCUUAUGGCACUCAGCAGGCCCAAGGGUAUAGCUAUGGCAGUAGCCAGGGCUAUCAACAACCAGCAGCAGGUACAGCACCUCCGGCCCAGCAGUCCACAGCUAGCUAUGGCCAGGCCCAGCAGGGAGCGUAUGGCCAGACGCAGACAGGCUACGGUGCACAGCCGGCGGCUACUGGCUAUGACUACAGCCAACAGUCACAGCAAGGCGGGUAUGCUCAGCCCACAGCCGGAACGGCGGCAAGCGGCUACCAGCAGAGUACUGGAUCUUACACCACGCCGGUAUCCACAUACGGGCAGUCACAACCCACUUAUGGCCAGUCUGCAGGCCAGACGGGCUAUCCCAGCCAGAGCACAGCAGGCACCACACCCGCUGUGACGGGCUACAGCCAGACCUCAGCCCAGGGAGGGUACGCCCAGUCUACCCCCCAGGGGGGUUACAGCCAGCCUAGCACGGUUGGCUACUCAAGUGGCACCAGCACGGGGAGUGGAGGCGGAGGUGGGGGCCAGUCCUACCAGCAGAGUGUGCCUCAGUCACAGAGUAGCGGGUACAGCCACCAGGGUGGCCAGGGGUCCUACAGUGCCCCAGAACCGCCCAAGCCAAGUGGUGGAUAUGGCCAACAGUCAACAGGUUCUUCCGGGGGGUACGGUGGAGGGCAAGCAGGUGGACCUCCUAGUGGGGGAGGUGGCAGCUACGGAGGGGACUCAGGUGGUGGAUAUCGCGGUAGCCGCGGCGCUGGAGGUGGUGGUGGUGGAGGAUACGGUGGUGACCGAAGCGGCGGAGGCGCCAGCCGAGGGGGAUUCAAUAAGUUUGGUGAUUCUGGCCGUGGUGGUGGUGGCGGCGGUGCUGGAGGGGGCAGUGGCGGCUUUGGUGGGGGCAGUUCCUAUGGUGGGGGUGAGCCCAGGAAUGACCUUUCUACGGAUACGGUCUUUAUUAGUGGACUUGGCGAGACCACAGAAGACAAGAUAGCGGACUACUUCGGCAAGAUCGGUGUCAUCAAGAUUGACAAGAAGCUGGGCAAACCCAAGGUGUGGAUCUACAGGAACAAGCAAACCCAACGGCCGACUGGGGAGGCUACAGUGACGUACGAUGACCCUCCCUCUGCCAAGGCAGCAAUUGAUUGGUUCAAUGGCAAAGACUUCUACGGUAAUACCAUCAAGGUCGAGUUUGCUACAUCUCGCCCCAGCUUUGGGGGCAACUUCAGAGGCCGAGGCGGCGGAGGAUUUGGUGGCGGUGGUUUCCGCGGUCGUGGUGGAGGCCGUGAUGGUGAUGGCGGCGGCUUCCGUGGAGGUCGGGGUGGUGACCGGGGUCCUGGCGGUGGCGGUGGUGGCAUGGGCGGUGGAGCCCGUCAGGGAGAUUGGAUCUGCACUGAGAAUGGUUGCAAUAAUCAUAAUUUUGCCCGUCGUGAGAAGUGCAACAUGUGUGGAGCUCCCAGACCUGCUGAUGGUGGCAUGCCUGCCCCGAGUGGCGGUCCGGGCUUCGGUGAUCGUGGUGGACGUGGUGGCGGCGGCGGUGGUUUCCGUGGGCGUGGUGGGAUGGACCGGGGGCGCGGUGGUGGCUCCGGCUUUGGUGACCGCGGCGGUCGGGGAGGUGGCGGCGGUGGUGGCUUUUCGCCCCGUGGGCGAGGUGGGGCAGACAGAGGAGGGCGUGGUGGCUUUGGCCCCCGCGGUAGGGGUGGUCCCCCAGACAGUCGCCGGGGAGGGGAGAGGUUCCGUCCGUACUAAAAGUGACGAGGCAAGAAACUGGUGAAGUUCUCUUUUUUUCUGUGUACGAAGUAUCAGUCCAGUUUCUUAUGCUGUAGUUAAGUAUUUCUAAAAAGAUCUGUACAUAUUAGGUAGGGCGGCAGAGGUUUAAAACUGCACUCCACCAAAAUUGGGUCAAGCUUCACAAACGUAAUUCUUUAUGAAAAAGAAAUCGCCGAGUUCAUCUGAACAGAACUUAAUGGACUUUACUGUAUUCAGAAUGUCAGUCCCGUUGUUUUGUCUUGCCAAGUUUUGACAGUGUGCACUGUACUGCGUGUUGGGCAAUGUAGGCACAGCAGAUAAGACAUCGGUUAGUCUGGUUCAAGGACAGGUGUGUCAGACCAGUGAUAGUGCCAGCACCAGAUGGAGGACUUAAACUUUGUUGUGUUAUUUGGAUGUAAAUUUGGGGAUGUCAAGUUGACGUGAAUAGGUUUGAUGAGGUGGAAGAAACUCUGGAAGCAGCUGGAGUGAGAAAGAGACACGUCAUUUUUUACACAAAUUUGAAAGAGGCGGACUUUGAUGGCUUAUUCAUGUACAUCACAAGUUGGUAAUGUAGAAGCAAUUUUUGUCAUGCUCAGUGAAUUAAUCUUGCUGUUUGAAAAGACCCUCCACUCGUUACGGAGGUUUUGUAACUUAAUGAAAAUAACUAUUUUUAAGUGACUGACGUUCCUUUUUGGUUUUGUCGUUACUUUUGUCAAUUGUAAUUUUUAGAGAAAUAUUCCACUCUGCAUCACACCCACUGGCAUUUUAAUAUUAAUGUCAUUUGUUAAAACAAUUAGUACUUGCUAUUUAGUUUUCAUUAAGACUUGGCAGUAAACUUUAAUGACACUAUCAUUUCAUUGAUGUUUAUUUCACAUAAAAAACUGUUCCAUGUAGUGCUACACAUCCUAAAAUACAUUUUAAAAGGCUCUGUAACUACUGAGAUUUUUUUGUGAAGUAUGGCAGACACAAUGAUUGGGCGCUAUUUGAAGUGGUUAAAUUUGGAGUUGAACACAAAGGAUUUGACCCAAACCAAAUAGCGCCCUCCUAUUGUGUCCACCAUACCUCAUAAUAGGCUAAUCCGUUUGUUGGCUGCAUAUGCCUUUUCCACUUCAAUUGAAGACUAUGAGGGAAACUGGUUUUUAAAAAACAGGUUUUUUAGAUACAAGGUCUCAGUGUUCCUGUGUUAAUAAAUUGUCUUUUUGUGCUUGUAGAACUCA